AUGGAUCAGCUGAAAGGAGAUUUGCCCAAUUUCCUCCAAAGCAUGACUGCACUUCCGAACUGCGGCAGUGUUAGAGAGGUGCAAGCAAAAGCCCGUUGCCAACGAGUGAAGAACCUUGCAUCUGUGGAUGCAGCUGGAGCCUCAGCCCUUCUUGCUGCAUGGACUGCAGGAAAGCUAUGGAGUGCUGAACAAACAAUGGAGUUCAGUGAUCUUCUGGCUGGAGCCGUGGCCAGAACCAACACAGGGACGGCACAGGGUGGCAAGAGACCCACACAAAAAGUUUCAGCUUUCGAACCUUACUUAUCGGUCAGAGACAUCAAGGCUUUGGAGGCCGAUGACAACAUCCACGUGAAGCUGGAUGUGCUGGCAUGCAGGUGCAUCAAGCUGAAGCUGACCUGCCCUUCGGAGGCUUGCUGCAGAGCGAUCUUGGCAGAUGGCUUGUCCAAGGCAGGUGGUGAUCAGUCCUUCAAGAAGCUGCUGAAGAGGCAAAGCCAAAUCCUUGCCCAAGAAUGGCUUUCACCUCUAGCACUACCCAAGAGCAUGCCACUUGUGAAGUGCUUGAUGUUGGACUGGAUGCACUGCUAUGUUGUCAGUGGCCUCUUUCAUGUCGAGGCCAGCCUUCUGUUGCCAGUGAUGCAUGUGAGGAGUGCAACCUUCCUGAUGAUCCAGGCCUUUAUCUCAGAGUGCGAAUGGCCCCACAACCUGAAGAACCGGCGAACAGAAAUCUUGCACCUUUUCAACAAAAGGACCAAGCUUUCUGAGUUCAAGGCCGGCACUUUACAGAAGCAUCGACAGGUCAAGCAGUUUGCUGACAACACGAAGAAGGUGACCCAUUUGUUCGAAGCUUCACUCUUUAAAGAUGUUUUGGGCAGGGUCCUUAUCGAUCUGGCUGAGCAUGCUGGCUCCAUGCGGCCCCAUUUGAAGUCCCCCAAGGCUGUCACUGAUGGCCUUUUGUUGUGGCACUUGGGGCAAGCAUUCGGGCUUCAGAGUGUUCAGCAUGUCCAGUCGGCCAUGGUGGCCGAGAUCUGCCAAGGGCAAACCUGCGAGAGGGGUGACCUAGUGCUGCUCAAGUCGGGGUCUGUUGCAGAGGUCUGGCUCUUUUGUCCGCUGCAGCAUGGCGAGCUCCUGGCUCUGUUGAAUGUGCUGGAGGCACAAGGGAAGAAUCUGUUCCGAGUCAGGCAGGACGGAGCCCAGUUCAUGCUAGUGGCCGAGAUCAGCCGAACCUGCCUCUUCAAACGAAUGAGUGCAGACAGCAUUCUGGUGGUACCAUAG